AUGGCAACUAAUAAACCAGGUACUUCGGGUUUAGGCGUAAAACGAAGUUAUAAAGAUGAUAUUUCUUCGCGUACUUUUAAUACAGAAUGGAUAGAAAAAUUUUUAUGCGUUAAAGGGAAAAAUUCUAGGCCAACAUGUUUAGUAUGUAACUCUGUAAUUGCAGUUCCAAAAAAGUUCAAUGUUCAACGGCACUAUAAUAAUCACAAUGAUAUUAUUGAAAAAUACCCCGAAGGUUCUGUAAAGAGGACAGAAUAUAUUACAAAAAAGACAAACUCAUUGUUAACUCAGCAAUCAAUUUUUACUAAACAAUCAAAUGAAAAAAAAGACAUGGUAUUAACUUCUUAUGAAAUCGCAUUUUUGCUAGCUAAGUGUGGAAAACCUUAUUCUGAUGGCGAAAUCAUUAAAAAAAGUUUAGACAUUUUUGCAAAAAAUGCAAAUGAUUCAAAAAUUUCUGCAUACGUAAAUUACAUUUCUUUAUCCCGUAAUACAAUUAUGAGAAGAAUUGAUGAAAUUUCCUCAAAUAUUUCAAAACAAAUUUCGUGUAAUACUACCAAUUCCAAAUAUUUUUCUCUUGCACUUGAUGAAAGCUGUGAUAUUACGGACAAUCCACAAUUAUGUAUAUUUAUUCGAAGUGUAAAUUCCAAGUUUGAAGUGACAGAAGAACUUUUAGGACUUGAAGCACUUGAAACAUCGACAAAAGGUAUAAAUAUAUUUAAUAAACUAAAAUGUUGUGUCGAAACUUUGUUAUUAAAAAAUGACGAUUUAAUUUGGUCAAAACUUGAAAGUGUAUGCACAGACGGCGCUCCAUGUAUGAUAGGUAAAAAUAUCGGUUGUGUAACCUUAUUGGAGGAAUUUUUGAAUAGAAAGUUAAAUAAAUAUCACUGUAUUAUACACUUAGAAUCCUUAUGUGCCAAAGUCUUAAAAUUUGAUCAUAUAUUAAAACCAGUAUCUCGAUGUAUUAACAAGAUAAAAGCUCGGCCUUUAAAUCAUCGAUUAUUCAGAACUCUAUUUGAAGACGUUAUUAACGAAUCCGGUGAACUUUUAUUGUUUUGUGAAGUAAGAUGGCUUGCAAAAGGAAAAGCGCUAGAAAGAUUUUGGAAUAUAAAAAACGAAAUUAUAGAAUUUUUAGAAAAUAAUAAUGAAUUGCCUGAUGAAUAUAAGCUACUGAGAGAUAAAAAUUGGUUAAAUGACCUCGCAUUUUUAACUGAUAUUCUCGGACAUUUAAAUAUUCUCAAUAAACGACUCCAAGGUGAAGGAAAUUUAUUUCCAGUCCUUGUAGGUUUUAUAAAUUCUUUCAUGUCUCGACUUCGUUUGUUCGAAAGUAAUUUAGAAAUGAGAAAUUUGGAUCAUUUUGUACGAUUAAAAUCUAUUUAUCUACCAACAGAUAUUCCUUUGACGAUUUUUAAAAAUCAUAUUUCAACACUAUUUGUUAGUUUUCAAGAAAGAUUCAGUAGAUUUAAAGAAGAAGAAGAUUUAAAUAACUUAUUUAUUAAUCCAUUUAUCAUAUCGACAGACGAUCUCCAAAAAUAUAACCCCAACAUGCAAUUGGAAAUUAUUGAACUUCAAAGUUCAGCAGUUUUAAAAUGCAAAUAUAAAGAGUUGCCUGAUAUUGUAGAAUUUUGGAAAUGCGUAUCAGAGGAAGAUUUUCCAGAACUGACUAGUCUAGCGUUGAAAUUGAAAUCAAUAAAUAUUUUUUAA